GGGUAAAAAUAUUUCCAUCAUGGCACAUUCAAAGUCACGGACCAAUGAUGGAAAAAUUACUUAUCCUCCUGGUGUCAAGGAAAUCUCAGAUAAAAUAUCUAAAGAAGAGAUGGUCAGACGGUUGAAGAUGGUUGUGAAAACGUUCAUGGAUAUGGACCAGGACUCUGAGGAAGAAAAGGAGCUUUAUCUAAACCUCGCGUUACAUCUGGCUUCAGACUUCUUCCUCAAGCAUCCUGAUAAAGACGUCCGCUUGCUUGUAGCUUGCUGCCUAGCUGACAUUUUCAGGAUCUAUGCUCCUGAAGCCCCUUACACAUCCCCCGAUAAACUAAAGGAUAUAUUUAUGUUUAUAACAAGGCAGUUGAAGGGGCUAGAGGAUACAAAGAGCCCACAGUUCAAUAGGUAUUUUUAUUUACUUGAGAACAUUGCUUGGGUCAAGUCGUAUAACAUAUGCUUCGAGUUAGAAGAUAGCAAUGAAAUUUUUACUCAACUAUACAGAACAUUAUUUUCGGUGAUAAACAAUGGCCACAACCAGAAAGUUCAUAUGCACAUGGUCGACCUCAUGAGCUCUAUUAUUUGUGAGGGUGAUACAGUAUCUCAGGAGCUUUUGGAUACAGUUCUGGUAAACCUGGUACCUGCCCAUAAGAAUUUAAACAAGCAAGCGUAUGACUUGGCAAAGGCUUUACUGAAGAGGACAGCUCAAGCUAUUGAACCGUAUAUUACCAAUUUUUUUAACCAGGUUCUGAUGCUUGGGAAAACGUCUAUCAGCGACUUAUCAGAGCACGUCUUUGACUUAAUUUUGGAGCUCUACAAUAUCGACAGUCAUUUGUUGCUCUCUGUUUUACCCCAGCUUGAAUUUAAGUUAAAGAGCAAUGACAAUGAGGAACGCCUGCAAGUUGUUAAACUCCUGGCAAAAAUGUUUGGGGCAAAGGACUCAGAGUUGGCUUCUCAGAAUAAGCCACUGUGGCAGUGCUACUUGGGCAGGUUUAAUGAUAUCCAUGUACCAAUUCGCCUGGAAUGUGUGAAAUUUGCUAGCCAUUGUCUCAUGAACCAUCCUGAUUUGGCAAAGGACUUAACAGAGUAUCUUAAAGUACGGUCACAUGACCCCGAGGAAGCCAUUAGACACGAUGUUAUUGUGUCUAUAGUUACAGCUGCUAAAAAGGACAUUCUGCUGGUCAACGACCACUUACUGAAUUUUGUGAGAGAGAGAACAUUAGACAAACGGUGGAGAGUACGCAAAGAAGCCAUGAUGGGACUUGCCCAAAUUUAUAAGAAAUAUGCUUUACAAUCAGCAGCUGGAAAAGAUGCUGCAAAACAGAUUUCAUGGAUCAAAGACAAAUUACUGCAUAUAUAUUACCAAAAUAGUAUUGACGAUCGGUUGCUUGUCGAGCGCAUCUUUGCUCAGUACAUGGUCCCCCACAAUUUGGAAACUACGGAGCGGAUGAAGUGCUUGUAUUACUUGUAUGCCACACUGGAUUUAAAUGCUGUGAAAGCAUUGAAUGAAAUGUGGAAGUGUCAAAAUCUGCUCCGACAUCAAGUAAAGGAUUUGCUUGACUUAAUUAAGCAACCCAAAACAGAUGCCAGCGUCAAGGCCAUAUUUUCAAAGGUGAUGGUUAUUACAAGAAAUUUGCCAGAUCCUGGUAAGGCUCAGGAUUUUAUGAAGAAAUUCACACAGGUCUUAGAAGAUGAUGAGAAAAUAAGAAAACAGCUAGAAGUACUUGUUAGUCCAACAUGCUCCUGCAAGCAGGCUGAAAGUUGUGUGCGUGAAAUAACUAAGAAGUUGGGCAACCCCAAGCAGCCUACGAAUCCUUUCCUCGAGAUGAUCAAGUUUCUGUUGGAGAGGAUAGCCCCUGUGCACAUAGACGCCGAGUCUAUCAGUGCUCUUAUUAAGCAAGUGAACAAAUCAAUUGAUGGGACAGCAGAUGAUGAAGAUGAAGGCGUUCCGACGGAUCAGGCCAUCAGGGCAGGCCUGGAGCUGCUUAAGGUCCUCUCAUUUACACAUCCCAUCUCCUUUCAUUCUGCCGAAACCUUUGAGUCUCUGCUGGCUUGUCUGAAAAUGGAUGAUGAGAAGGUAGCAGAAGCUGCGCUGCAGAUUUUCAAGAACACAGGGAGUAAAAUUGAAGAGGAUUUUCCACACAUCAGAUCAGCCCUGCUUCCUGUUUUACAUCACAAAUCUAAAAAAGGACCUCCCCGACAAGCCAAGUAUGCCAUUCAUUGUAUCCAUGCAAUAUUUUCUAGUAAAGAGACCCAGUUUGCACAGAUAUUUGAGCCUCUGCAUAAGAGCCUAGAUCCCAGCAACUUGGAGCAUCUCAUCACCCCGUUGGUCACCAUCGGCCACAUUGCUCUCCUGGCACCUGAUCAGUUUGCUGCUCCUUUGAAGUCUUUGGUAGCUACUUUCAUCGUGAAAGACCUUCUCAUGAACGAUCGGCUUCCCGGGAAAAAGACAACUAAACUUUGGGUUCCUGAUGAAGAAGUUUCUCCUGAGACGAUGGUCAAAAUUCAGGCUAUUAAAAUGAUGGUCCGAUGGCUCCUUGGAAUGAAAAAUAAUCACAGUAAGUCAGGAACUUCGACCCUACGGUUGCUGACAACAAUACUGCAUAGCGACGGAGACCUGACGGAGCAAGGGAAGAUUAGUAAACCAGAUAUGUCCCGCCUGAGACUUGCUGCUGCCAGUGCAAUUGUGAAGCUGGCACAAGAACCCUGCUACCACGAGAUCAUCACACUGGAGCAGUACCAGCUGUGUGCACUGGCUAUCAACGAUGAGUGCUAUCAAGUACGACAAGUAUUCGCUCAAAAACUUCACAAAGGCCUUUCCCGAUUACGCCUUCCACUUGAGUACAUGGCCAUCUGUGCGCUCUGUGCGAAAGAUCCUGUGAAAGAGAGGAGAGCUCACGCCAGGCAGUGUCUGGUGAAAAAUAUAAACGUUAGGCGCGAGUAUCUGAAGCAGCAUGCAGCUGUUAGCGAAAAAUUAUUGUCUCUUCUACCAGAGUAUGUUGUUCCAUAUACAAUCCACCUUUUGGCACAUGACCCAGAUUAUGUCAAAGUACAGGAUAUUGAACAACUUAAAGAUGUUAAAGAAUGUCUUUGGUUUGUUCUGGAAAUACUAAUGGCUAAAAAUGAAAAUAAUAGUCAUGCAUUUAUCAGAAAAAUGGUAGAAAAUAUUAAACAAACAAAAGAUGCCCAAGGACCAGAUGAUGCAAAAAUGAAUGAAAAAUUGUACACUGUGUGUGAUGUAGCCAUGAAUAUCAUCAUGUCAAAGAGUACCACAUACAGUUUGGAAUCUCCUAAAGACCCAGUACUACCAGCUCGUUUUUUUACCCAACCUGACAAGAACUUCAGCAACACCAAAAAUUACCUGCCUCCUGAAAUGAAGUCGUUUUUUACUCCUGGAAAACCUAAGACAACCAAUGUUCUCGGAGCUGUUAACAAGCCACUUUCCUCAGCAGGCAAGCAAUCACAGACCAAAUCGUCACGAAUGGAGACUGUGAGCAAUGCAAGCAGCAGCUCAAAUCCAAGCUCUCCUGGCAGAAUAAAAGGGAGGCUUGAUAGUUCCGAAAUGGAUCACAGUGAAAAUGAAGAUUACACAAUGUCUUCACCACUGCCGGGGAAAAAAAGCGACAAGAGAGACGACUCUGAUCUUGUAAGGUCUGAAUUAGAGAAGCCUAGAAGCCGGAAAAAACCACCUGUUACAGACUCAGAGGAAAAAUUAGGUGUUGAUGACCUGAGCAAAUUAGUCCAGGAACAGAAACCUAAGGGCAGUCAGCGUGGCCGAAAGAGGGGCCACACGGCCUCCGAGUCAGAUGAGCCGCAGUGGCCCGAGGAGAAGAGGCUCAAAGAAGACCUGUUAGAGAAUGAGGACGAACAGAACAGUCCACCAAAGAAGGGUAAAAGAGGCCGGCCACCGAAGCCUCUUGGCGGAGGUAUCCCUAAAGAAGAACCAACAAUAAAAACUUCCAAAAAAGGAAGCAAAAAAAAAUCGGGACCGCCAGCAGCAGAGGAAGAGGAAGAAGACGACAGACCAAGUGGAAAUGUAGAGCAGAAGUCGAAAAGCAAACAGCACCGGCCGUCCAGGAGAGCGCAGCCGAGCAGAGCAGAAUCUCCUGAAACUAGUGCAGUUGAAUCCACACAGUCCACACCACAGAAAGGACGUGGAAGACCAUCAAAAACGCCAUCACCAUCACAACCCAAAAAAAAUGUCCGUGUAGGACGGUCCAAACAAGCCGCUACGAAAGAAAACGACUCCAGUGAAGAGGUAGAUGUGUUUCAGGGUAGCUCUCCUGCCAAUGAUGAUAUCACACAGGAAGAAACAGAGGAAGAGGAAGUUUCUACAGUGAACAAGGACAGCCGUCAUUCAAGCAUAUGCCCGUGAGCGUCAGGUGUUUUCUUUCACUACAGAAAGGUGCGGCGGAGAAGCUCUAAAAGGGAUAGGCGAUGAGCAAGUGUAACCAAGAACACUCUGUUGAAAGCUUUGAAAAAGAUCAUUUUUUUGUCAAGCUUGGGGCUGCAUAAAACUUUUGGUGGACAGAAUGGGACUGCCGAAGACUGGACAGCUGAACCUUACUUUUCUGACCUCAUGUAUUUGUGGUCACCGCUUUAGCCAAUGCACAUGCUGGUGACAUUGACUCUGGAGUCUUGUGGAAGUGUGGUGUGCGAUGGCUGUGUAGACAGAAACUAAAGAAGAAACUUGUAAAUACCCCCCCCCCUUUUUUUUUUUUAGUGUUUCUGACUUCUAAAGUGCUUGUAUAGCUUCUACCUGCGGCUUUAAACUGACAGUACCUGACUGUUUAUUGGAUCUGUUGAUUUGAAAAGCGUUUGUUAGGAUGCUAGAUCGUAAGCAGUAAUCUGUCAGUAUUUGUAUUUGUAUUCUCUGCGAUUUUACUGUGAAACAAAUUUUUCAACAAAUGGUGUCAUUUUCUUGAUGUCGCUAUUUGUUGAAGAGGUCAACGGUCUCUUCCCCUUUGUGUAUCUUACCUAGUGUUUACUUCUGGGCACCCUUAAUCUCCAGAGGUGCUAAACUGUCUGCCAUUACAACCGAAUGAUGUCUCUGAUGGGAUGACACCAUGCAAAUUGCUAAAUAGCCCUUACGUUGUUUGAAAUAUUUUACACCUCAGUAUUGAUCCCAGAAUUUUCUGGCCUUCCAUGGCAAUGAAAAUUUAAGAAGAGAGAGAUUUAAAAUAUUUUAAUUUUAAAGAGUGUGUUAUAAAAUAAUGUACUGAAUUCUUUAUACCAUUUUAUCAUCCCUUUUCAGUUUUUAUUAAUCUACUGUAUCAAUAAAAUUCUGUAAUUUGAAUGAGUUUUUAAUAGUCUAGAAUGUUAUUGUGUAUAGAUAUUUCCUCCUGAGCAUUAUGUUCAGAAAAUGCAAAUUAUUACAAUUAUUACACUAUAAUAUAAAAUCUGAUAUAUACACAUUAUAAAAUUCCAGUUCUCCGUACAGUGUAAAGUUGAUCAGAAAGAAAAAUUUUAUUGAUGCAGUGUGUCUUUAUAAAGCUGUUCUUGAAAGCCGAGUGUUUUGUAUUUUAUAGUGAGUUGCAUGUUUAUAAAAAAAAAAAAAAAAAAAGUGCUGACAAUGGGAUGUGCUUUUUUCUGUAAAUUCAUAUUUAGCCAUCGUAUAUGAUAGAUUGCCCAUAACAUAGUUUUUCAUCAAGAGUUUAUUAUUGUACUUUAUUUUGGAGCCAAAAAUUGUUUGGGGGGCAGGGUGGGAGUGAUAUGUCCAACUAUAUCAACUACUUAGGUAUCACAGUCUUAGGAACUUUGAGUGAAAUUCCACUUUAUCCAGGUUGGGAGAAGUGGAAAUUUAUUUGGAUUUAGAGCAGGUCUUUUUUUUUUUUUUUUCUUUGUUGUAGUCAGCAAAAUACAGAAACAAAUUACUUAAGGCAGUAUCCUUUACACAGUCAUGUAAACUGUGUUUUGAACCAAAACAUAGGUUACUGUAUAACGCUGAACUGAAUUUAUUUUAGUAUUUCUGGUGCUGUUUUAGUGGUUUCUUUGUGGUUGUCAACAUCAGAAAAGAAAAUCAUAUUCUCACUUAUUAAAUUUAUCACGUUGAAUGAUGGACCAUUUUCAUAUAAUACACCAUUAUUCUUAAGGUAUAUUUCCAAGAUUGGUUAUACCAGAUGGGGGUGUGAUAAAGAUUGGUUAUACCAGAUGGGGGUGUGAUAAAGAUUGGUUAUACCAGAUGGGGGUGUGAUAAAGAUUGGUUAUAGUAGAUAGGGGUAUGAUAAAGAUUGGUUAUACCAGAUGGGGGUGUGAUAAAGAUUGGUUAUAGUAGAUAGGGGUAUGAUAAAGAUUGGUUAUACCAGAUGGGGGUGUGAUAAAGAUUGGUUAUACCAGAUGGUGGUGUGAUAAAGAUUGGUUAUACCAGAUGGGGGUGUGAUAAAGAUUGGUUAUAGUAGAUAGGGGUAUGAUAAAGAAACUACUAUUUUGGAAAAGGACAUUUUACUAUUUUCCAGUGUAUAUUGCAAUUGAUGUGAUUGUUUCUGUUUUAAAGAUUCUUCAUGUUUAUGAAACAGCCUUUUAUUUAAAAAAAAAAAAAAAGUUUGGAGUUGUGUUUUAAUCUCUCAGUAUUUAGUUAUUCUUCAUUUACAACAGUACUGACACCAGUGAUUAUGGGAGGCUGCUGUAUAUCAAGGCAGCUAACGUUGGAUCAAGGUCCAUUGGUUUUUAAAUGUUUCACAGGCUCGGUUCUCCCAAGUAGGCUAUUUCUACUCAGCAGUACAAAGGCAUGUUUCUAAAUCUAUAAAGAAUAAGGGAUAGCUUUGUAUUUUUGUCUUUGACUAAAUUGCACCGGAAAUGUUUAUGGAAAUACAUCUUUAAGACCAUUUUAUAAAACAAAUGAAAAAAUGAUCUUGAAACCGAUUGUGCAAGAUUUUUAUUUGCCUGAUCAUAGUUAACCAUAUUUCAUUGCACUUCAGUCACAAAAAAGUGUUCAUUGUAGAUUUUGUUCAUAAUGCCAUCGAGUCUGUGAUUUUAAAACUUGUCUGUUGUACUUUUUUGGGGAGAAUUAUGAUGUAAAAUUGUCAUUAUUCUGUAGCAAAAUAGGUACAAUAAUGAUCAAAGUUUGGAUGUCCUGAGUCUUCAUCUUAGGGGAUCACCUUACUAUGUUUAAACUUAACAUUUCAUGUACUAACAUUUGGGGAGCCACAUACUUCAGCUAGAAUAAAAUUAAGUCUGUAUAAAACAUUAAUUGCUAACACCGGUUAGCAAAUGUCAGUGAUGAUGUUCAUUUUGAAAAUAUGUACUGUAUAACAUUAAGAAGAUACUUCACUCACUGUAACAAGUUCCAUUAUGAAAAUCUUACGAUUUCUCGGUGAGGUUAUCUUGCUGCACUCUGCAGCAAACCCGUUUAAUCCACAGUAUAAUAGAAUUUCUUGCUGCAGUGCAACAGGAAGCUUUUUCAGUGAUCUCCACUGUAUAUGUAAAUUACAAAUGUGGCUGUAAAACUUGUCCCAGGUAUUAAAGGUUAAAUUACUUUCUACGUCUUCUUAUAACUUGUAAGUUUGAUUUUUAAGAUUUACUUUUGCCCACCUGAAGACCGUCAGGAAUUUAGGAACUUGUUUAACUUAGCCAUAUCUUCCCUGUCACGUAGUAUUAUGUCACCAUAAUGAACCAUUGGUAUUUAAAUAGAUAACCAAUUUUCAGACACAGUUUUGGAUUUUCUGUGAAGUUGAAUAAACAUGAAAGUUAAUAUAAUUUGUAUUUUAUUUAUGUGAGUCAGUAUAUACUUAAAUAUGUGUUCUAAAUAGAGAAAGACACAUUUUGAUGAUUUUAAAUUUUAGAGCCUUUGUUUCACGAAGAGGACAUCUCUUUCCCAGUAACAUUUUUCAAAAUUUUUGUCUAAACUUCUUGAUUGACAGAGGUUUACUAAGUACCAUGUAAGUGAUAGUAUUGCAUAACUGAAGAAAAUAAACCUACAAUAUAAACUACAAAAAAGAAGGCACUAAGAAAGUAGGUUGCUAGUGGCAGUCUUAUUAAUUUGUUCACCAAGUGUUUAUUAAGUGCCUACUGUGUGCCAGGCUAGUUACAGAGGAUAAAGUGUGAUCAGCAUAGACCAAGUCCCUACCCUUUUGGAGGUUGCAUUCUAAUGGGAGCGAGGAGAAUAAGUAAACAAUAAUUAAAUAUAUAAUACCACAUUGUGAAAAGUAUGUUAAAUUAACAAAAAAAGGCAGGAUAGAGGGUAGAAGAGAUUGAGGGAGAAGCUAUUUUAUAUACUUUAAGGCUGUGUUACUCAGUGUAUAAAAUUUAGGAUUGCUGUAUCUUUAUGAUGAAGUGACACCUUUAUAAUUACAAAAUGUCACUUGCUAUCUGUAGUUAACUUUUUGUGUACUUCGUCUGAUAUUAAUAUAGCCAUACCAGCUUGGUUUUGGAUAUUGUCAGUAUGAGAAAACUUUUGGUCUGACCAUGUACUUUCAGCCUAUUUAUGUCCUUAAAUGUUGUGUAAAUAGUUUGUACUUGGGUCUUGUUCUUUUUUUAGAGUGUUUAGACCAUUUACAUUUAGUGUAAUCACUGAUCUAGUGGGUUUUAAGGCUGCCCUCUUGCUGCUUAUUUUCUUUUUGCCGAUCUCUGCUUUGUUGCGCUGGUUUGUGUCACUGUUUUCGUGGUCGCCCUGCAGUUCACAGGGUCUGUGUUUGGCUUAUUACCGUCUAUUUCCCAUUAGUGCUUUUGCCACCUUCUGAGCCAUGCAGCUUCACCCUGUGCCACAGUGGUAUUUUAUGGUUACAAACCCCACAAUAUUACUGUGCCUUUAAAUAGCCAAUAUUCUUUGUGUUUACCCAUAAGAUUUCUUUUCUUUGCUGUUACUUUUUUUUUGGCCGGGGGAACCCAACUUGGCCGGGGGAGGCGGGGAGUAAUUCUGUGCUUCCAUGCAAAUUCAUUUUCCUUCAGCUUAAAGGACUUCUUUCCUAUGGCUCGAAGUGCAGAUCUGCUGGCAGUCACCUGAAGUCAUCAUUGGUUUGUUUGAAAGGUCUUUAAUGCACCUUCAUGCCUGAAGGAAAUUUUCACUGAAUAUGGAAUAUUUUAGAUUGGCAGUUAUAUUUGAUACUUACAAGUUGAUGUUCCAUUGUCCUCCGGCUUUUGUAUUUGCUGUCAGGAGGUCAGCUGGAAAUCUGGCUCUUGCUCUUUUUAGGUAACAUACGUUUUUCCUAGCAGUUUUUAGGAUUUCCUCCUUACAUUUUGUUUUUAGCAGUUUGACUGUGAUGUGCCUAAGUAUGGUUUUCGUUUUUAUUUAUCCCACUUAGAGUUCGCUGAGCUCUUGAACUUGUGGGCUAAUGUCUUCUGUCAGUUUUGAAAAGUUCUUUUCUGUCCUCUCGUCACAUAUUCAUGUCUCCUCCAACAUGCGUGCCUUUUAUGUGCUUUUCUGCUCUUUCCAUUCUUUUUUCUUUCUGCUUCCGUUUGGAUAUUUGCUAUUGAUAAUCUUCAGAUUUACCAAUCCUGUCUUUUCUCGUUUCCAGUCUGCUAUUUAACCCAUCAAAUGAGUCAAUUUCAAAUAUUAUUUUUCAGUUCUAGAGUGUCCAGUUAAUUAUGUUAUAGAUUUCAUUUCUCUGUUGAAAGUCUAUCUUUUCACCUGUCCUUUUCUCUCUUUCUUUAGCUUUAGUUAUAUCAUUCAAAUCUUUGUGAGCUAACGCCAACAUCUGAAUUGUGGGUCUGCUUCUGUUGUCUUUCUUUUUUCUCUUAACUAUCACUCACAUUUUCCCUGAGCAUACUUCUUCUUCCUCUUCAUAGGCCUUCUACUUUGUUUAUUAGUGCAGGGCGUUGUGUAUUAAAAACCGUAAGAGAUUGAAGUCGAUGCGAUUUACCCCAAGAGAGAUGAUUCGCCUUUUUCUCUGUUAAGCAUUGGAGGAAUCAGUCACUUCAGUCUGUGGAGCUGGGCCUGGAUUGCAGCUUUAGGUAGGCUCAGUGCACUUGUGUCAGGUAUCAGGAGGGCAUGACUUGUGUUAUGUGAUGGCCCUCUCUAGCACAACAAGGCUGUCCAGCCCAGCCUCUCAGCAGGAAAGCUGUUUUAUAUAGAAAAAUCAAAGAAGGCUUCUUUGAGGCAGUGACGUUCAUCAUGGACCUCAAAUUAAGUGGUCAAGCCAUGUGAAUGUGCAGGAAAAGCGUAAGUGAAAAAGCUCUCCGGCAAGCAAGAGUGAACCUCGUGUGCAUCAGGGAUUUUGAGAAUGUUUCUGGAGUGGCAGGGAUAAAGGGGUGGGACAGGAAAUUGGGAGGAAGCCAGGACCCAGAUCAGACCUGGAUGGCUCCGGGGACCUUCGUGGAGCGUUUGGUGGGAGUGCAUUGUAGGGCUUUGUGCAGGAGACUGGCAAGGUCUCUUUUUUUUUUUUAAUGUUCCUCUGGGUGUUGUGUAAAGAACGGACAGUGAAACGCAAGGGUGGAAGCUCAGAGUGUGGUGUAGGUACAGCGGUAGUCCAGAGCGUGGGUGGACAUCCAGCACACAGUGGUGGGGUAGAGGUCGUGAAAUCGUAGUUGGACUCGUGGCACCUUGGUGUUAACGUGAGUGGUGAGAGGUAGUAGCUGGGUUCCUGACAAAUUUUGAAGUCACAGCCAACAGUACUUGCUGGUGGGAUGGAUAUGGAAAUGUGAGGAAGAUGAGUCACAGACCACUCCUGAGUUUUGAACCUGAGAAACUGAGUGCCUGUCGAUUCCGUUUUCCAAAGCAGUGAAGAUGGGGUAGGUGGGCGGGAGAUAAUCUCCAGGAUAAAAGCACUUGGAGCCACUUCAUCAGUGUCAGCGUGUGAUGCAUAAUUUUUAGAGGCUUUGGAUAUUUGGGUGUCAGUCUUUUGUGCUUCUUCCUAUUUAAAGAUAAAGCAAGUUGGCUUCCACAAUAAAAAUGUGGACAUUUCCUAAUUUCUGGCAUUCCAAGAUGUGAGAGCAUGGAAGAUAAAUCUGUGUGUUUUUACAGUUACUUGAAUUCGGUAGUUGGUGGUGGUGAGCCGAUGGAGUUUUCAGGUGAGUUAGUUUAAAUCUCCUUGGCAGUUAAAUUCUCCUGGGACAAGGGCAUGUCUGCAUAGGACUCAUGAGUAUGUCUUUCGUAUAUACCAAGAUACAGAAUAAUUUUCCAAUUACAUAACAGGUCGCUAUGAGUCAGAAUCGACGCGACGGCACUGGGUUUCGUUUUUGGUUAUAACAGUUUACUAAUAACUUGAUUCCAGCAACCAUACCAACAAGCUUGACUAGUACUUGUUGAUAAAAUACAGGAGAUGCUUCACAAAUAUAAUGCAUCAAUUGUCAUUUCUCUGUGGUGACUUCGUCUAACCUGAGUAAGUCCAGGUAGGGACAGCCUAAACCACCUAAACAUGCAUCACCCAUCAAUACAUACAGGCAGUCCCCGACUUAGGACGACAUAUUC